GUUUAUUUAUUUACUCCGCAGGGCAGCAGUGGAAUGCACGUGCGAAAAUGGCGGGAUUUGGGAAUGGCUGUCCCACUACACUAAAGCUUUGGGCUAUGAUGGAAGCCUCUUUUCUCAUUUUGCAAGUAUUAACAAUAUUCUGUGGAUCAGCCAACUCAUAUACUCCCGAAAAUUCGUUGAAUGUGCCACAACUUCUGCUUCCUAAUGCGGCAACAAACACUAUCCCGACGAACUAUACUCUGAGGGCAAUGAAAGGGUGCUUGCAUUGGUCAUCUUCAAAGCCCGAUAUUGCCAAAGUUAUUCAGCUGCCUGACAAAGAUUCUUGUCCUACUGAUCGAAUCUUUUCUCAAAGUAAUGUAGAGACUGAUAGGAAUGGUUGUUCAAGAUCAGCUUUAGUAAUUGUCACUUCAACAAGCAAGGAGAAAGAGACUGCCAUUAUCACAGCUGAAGAUGAAUCAACUGGAAUUAUGCUACGAUGUGAUGUAUUUGUUGACACCAUACACAGGAUUGAGAUUGCAACAACAACAAGAGAACUACUUUUAGGAGAAGCUCCUGAAGUUUUUGAUGUAUAUGGUUAUGACGAAGAAGGAAACUUGUUUUCUUCUCUGGGCAGUACAGUUUUUGAAUGGCAUUUAUCACCUUCUACUGUUAGUGAAGUUGUUGACCCAGCAACAGUCUUGAGAUUUCUGCAGUUUCAAGAUACUUCUUAUGACACAGAACCAGAAAUACAAAUUCUUGAAGAAAAGGGACUUCAAGGAAGUAGUGUCAUAAUGGAGGGUAUAAACACUGGAGAGGCUUUUGUUAGUGCAAAGCUAGCCCAUGCGGAGUACAAGCACGUUUCUCCUUCAACAGUUAAAUUGAUGGUGAUUGAUAACAUCGUACUUCAACCAUCAAAAGACAUGUAUAUUUUGAUUGGCACCAAAGUGUUUUACAAGGUCAAGCAACUCAGACGAGGACAUGCAAAAGAAAUUCAGAUGCCAUCGUCGCAGUACCGUUUACAAUUGGACAAAGAUGAGAUUGCAGAAUUAAACCAUGCCGACUCGAGCAUCACUGGUUUACGCCUUGGAUCUGUCAAGGUCCUUUUGAUUGAUAACAAUGUUGCUCAUACGAAGUCACUCAGACAGCCUUCAGCCACGAUUCACGUUGUCGAGCCUGAGUCACUCGGAUUUGCUAUUGCGCCUGGCAAUUCAUGGGUGCUUCAAACUGGCAAGGAAUAUGUCAUCAACGUCGAAGUGUUCGAUGCACAAAAGCACAAGAUCCUAAUAACAGAUAAUACGGUUAUGACUUCAAUGCUUGAAGAAGAAUUUGUUGGAAUGAAAUUCAAGUCUGCAAAUAACUCAUAUCACCGCAUCAAAGCCCUUAAAAAAGGAAAAACAGUUGUCAAUGCCACGCUUUAUGGUGUUAAGGCCGAAAAUGGCACAGAAAUCAAGUUGAAAAAACCGAUUUUUGGUGAAAAGAUUAUCGAAAUUUUUGACGAGAUCAAGGUGGAACCCAGUUUGGUCAUCUUCCCCUGGGAUCCCAAUGCAGAAUCUAUUUAUAACAUUCAGCUAAAGGCUACUGGUGGUAGCGGAGCUUAUCAGUGGGCCUCGCAGAAUUAUUCAGUCUGUACAGUAACAAACAAGGGGUUGGCAAAAACAGAAGGUCCACUUGGAACGUCAGUUAUAAAGGCCAGUGAUAAAAGGAACAAUAUGCAUUUUGGACUGUCCAAGGUUUUCGUCCUCCCACCAGAGGAAAUGCAUUUCAUUGCAACAAAGGUAGAAGCGGAAAUCGGUCAAGUACUGGAGUUGCCUUUGUCUGUCUCGGCUUACGUGAAUGUGGACGGUAAAAGGAUUUUAAAGACCUUUCAAGACUGCAGAAAGCUCUCUCUCGCCAAAUCGCUUUCUGUUGAAUCAGUCUUUGCCAUUGACAGAAUAGACGAAAGUCGCUCCUCUCAGGAAGGCUCUUGCUUAGUGAUCAAGCUCAAAGCACUGAAGAGUGGGUUUGCAACGCUAACUGUUUCCCAUGAUGCAAAUGGCGUGGUCAUCAAAGCAAGCAUUACUGUUGGCGCAUAUUCACCACUAGUUGUUGUGCACCCAAAAGAUUUUGCCAGUGUUACUCUUGGAUCAAGUGAGAUAGUCACACUGGCUGGUGGACCUCGACCUUGGAUUUUGGAUUCAAGUGGAUUUUAUGAAUAUUUAUCUGCUGAAGAGGACGAGUUUGUUUCAAUACAACCAUUAAAGCAAACAGAUGUAUCUGCAUUUAAAGAGAAAGCGGAUGAUGUCCAUUAUUUCCAAGUCACGUGCAAGCAGCUGACCGAAAUGCAGAUUUUGUCCGGACAAGUUGGAAAUAAGCCCACUGCUAAAAAUCAGUACCCAGCAAGUGCCAUAACAGAACUCAGAUUUUUAUGCAGUCCACCCGGUUCCUUGUCUUUGCAACCAGACAUUCUCUUGCCUGUCAUUGCUGGCCAGCAAAUGACUUUGGAGACUUGCAAAGAUACUAACAAACUUAUUCCUGUUCUCAAUAAACGUGAGCUAGUCAUUCUUCUUAUGGUUCGCGAUCAGAAUGGACAAAUAUUUGCGAAUGCCUCAUCCCUGGACAUCGUAUGGACUUCAAGUGACAGAAAUUUGGCCGAGAUUUCCCAGCAAACAUCGCUGAGCUACAGUAUUAAAAGCAAUACAACUGUUUCCGCCACGCAGAUGGUUGUUUUGUCCGGGAAGACCGGGCCUGUAGUUAUCAAUGCGAAAGUUUCAGGCUAUCGUGAAGUUGCAUUGUAUGCCAUUGGCUAUUAUGAGGACGAUGCAAAGGCCAAAAUCAACCCUCCAAUAGUCGGAAGUCUGGGUCUUCUGCUUGUGAACGAACGGGUUAUAGUACCUCAGAGUCUGGUCAUCUUUGCUCACCCAGAAAACAAGGCCCAUUUGAAAAUGAAAUAUGGCUCGCAUCAUCACCGAGUGAGAAGCAAUGGAGAUCACUUUGCUUCGAUUCAAAACAUGAAUUCAGAAUUAACGAUCACUCCACGUGCUCCUGGGAAACUCGUUUUGAUGGUCGAUGACGUAUGCUUGGAUGCAGAGGCUCCUGCUACUGCCCACAUUACGCUGGCUGAUAUAUUCAGCUUGCAUGUUGUUGUUGCUGAUAAGGUUGGUCUUCAUGAAACGAUCAAAGCCAUAGUCCAGAUUAAGGACAGCGAAGGGAACUUCCUAAGCUUCAAUUCGAUGAAGUUAAUGACAUUGACCCCGAAGUUCUCACAUGACCUUAUCAAAAUCAAAGCUGAUGACCCAGAAACGGAUGGGGUGUUUUCGGACAAGGCAAUAUUCACUUUAGAGGGGACCGCUGUUGGAGUGACCAGUUUGACAUUUGAUGCCACUAAAGCCAAUAAGAUAAGAAUAGCAAGCAAGCCAAAGGACAUACAGGUGUUCCCACCACUUGAGCUGGAACCUAAGCAUAUUGUCCUGAUUGCUGGAGCAACAUUCCAGGUUCACAGUACUGGAGGACCUAGGCCUGAAUCCACUACUGUUUUUGAUGUAGCCAAUGCUUCAGUUGCCAAUGUGAGCAGCACGGGAAUAAUCCAUGCGCUAACCCCUGGAAACACUACCCUUGUUGGCAUGGCCCAGGGGUUUGAUCCCAGCACAGGAAAGCAGAUCAUAUACUCAAAGGCCUAUGUGACAAUUGAAGUGGUGCGACUGACUGGCUUCAAGAUCCACCUCACGACAAGAAUUCUAGCAACCGGUAGUCAGGUUGGCAUGUAUGCAGUUGGCCUUACAGAUCAAGGACCAUUCACCUUUGCAAGCUCACAUCCAUUUAUUAAAUUUCAUUGGUCAUGUGGAAAUAAUGACAUAGCUGUUCUCAAAUCAGUUUACGAGCUGACUGGCCUAACUACAGAAAAUGAAAGAGAUUUCCGGGUCACCUUGAGCACCAAGAAAGCGGGGGAAACCAUUGUGAGGCUUAAGGUGGAUCUGCCAGUCUUACAUGCAGAAAAGAUAGCACUUCCGCAUGCAGUGCUUGAAGAUGAGAUUCAAAUCCAGGUAUAUGAAGGCUUAAAAGUUGUCUUUCCUGAAAAUGGGAGACUUCUGUUGCCACCGAAUGCUGAAACUAGAAUAGAGACGAACAAAAAUGGACUUACUCGCUUGAGUUAUGACGUAAUCAAAGAAUGCCCCAGUCCCAAAACAGCUGCAGGGGUAGUGGAGGUAUCACAGGAUGGCAUUAUCAAAACGACAUCAUCAUCAGGAAUGGCGUUGGUCAAAAUUACCUCUCACGAAGACUUUGGGCUGAAUGAAACAGCCAUAAUCAACGUCGAGGUCAAAGCUGUGUCAUCGAUUACCUUGAAAUCUUUGAGCUCACUAACGGCAUCCAGGGAUAAUUUCCAUUCAUUUCCUGUUGGAUACAGAGCAGAUUUCGUUGUUACUCUUCACGAUAACGUAGGAAGGAAAUUCGACGCUUUGACGUCACAAUUAAGACACAGGCUACAGAGGAAUGAUAUAUCUAACGUUCUACCAGAUGUUUCAAAAGGAAUUUAUACAAUUACGGCAGUUAAAGUUGGUUUUACUAUUUUCAAGAUUUGGGACGAGAACAACGCCGAUGUAGCUGACUAUAUCAGAAUCCGAGCUGCUAAUGCCAUCCAGCCGCCCCAGGCCUCUGUCUAUCAAGGUGGCAUGGUCUGCUUCAAGUCAACCGUCAAUGCUCCAAAAGGCUCGUCUGUCACGUGGUCAAGCUCAAAUAUCGAUGUGAUAGAUAUCAAUGCCAAGACAGGCUAUGGUUUCGCCAAAUCACCUGGCAUUGCCACAAUUUAUGCAAACCAUGGAAAUUUUGUGACCCAUGUCGAGGUCAAUGCUCAGAAAACGACUUCAGUUGAGUUGAUACAGGGUAAAAUUGGCUUCAUCUCCAAUUUUGGAAAGAAAGUAUACGAUUUCCCAAUAGCAGUCAAAGGCUCCGGAAGGUCUUCUAUCAAUCUUUGUUCAAAUUCAUUAGUUUACGACCAUGCCUCUAAAAUUCCAUUCACGUGUACUUUGUCAACAAUUGAUGAAGGAGUCCCUGUUUCACUCGAUACAUUGUUCAGCGUAACUUCAAAAUAUGUGAAUGGUGAACCUUUUUGUGAAGUUGUGCCAAACGAGCUUAACAGAAGAGACAUGAAACUUCUCAGCGCAAAAGAAACAAAAUUGCUGCUGCAAGCAUCUCUCACGGGAGAGGAACCACUAGCAACCUCGUUGAAACUUCGGUUUAUUCCUGCGUUUCAUAUCAAUAAAAAAGAAAUAGAGUUAUCAUCAUCAAAUCCGCAGGAUGUUAUUACCAUAAACGGCGUGGAAUCUCACCUCAACACUUUAAAGGUGCAUUCAAGUUUGUCCAAUGUCGUGCAUAUCUUGCCACUGGACAGGGAACUCGGCGAAUCUCGUGUUGAGUAUCAGUUGAGCCUUGUUAGAAAGUCUGAUUUACCUGCCAAUGAAGUUUAUUUUGUUAUUGAAAGUAGUGUCACGGGACAGAGGGAAGAAAUACUAGUGGGAAUCAAAGUAGGGAAAAAGGUGGAACAGCCCCAGUGUAUUCCUCAAGCUGCAAGCACUGUAGAUGAAGGCUCUAUUUCAGGUGAAAAACAGUCAAUAUUUUAUGAACAAAGGCUCUGGAUGAUAUGGUAUACCAUAAUCAUAGCGACUGUUAUCCUGUUAAUAUGCGUGUAUCACAACUGGAUGACUCGUCGGCAGUACAGGAGCACUCAUGCAUUGAGUCCGGCUUUUCAUUCUGCACCACCACCUUAUCAGGUGGUACCUGGGCACGGGUCACCUUUUCAAACAUGGACUCCAACGCACACGCACGACAGUCCACACUCGCCACCUUCUGAAAGACGACCACAUUCUGCUUAUAAGGAUCCACUGAAAACGACACCAGGAAACAGGACCUUGUUUAGUGUGGGCCAGUGAUGUGCCCUGGUCUUUAAUUUGGCUCUCGUGACGACUGGCCUCUAUUCUAAUACAGUUCGAGAUUUCCUAUCCGAGGUUACAUGAUUUCACAUGGAGCUGUGGGCUGUGUCUCAAGAUGUCAUAACUUUGUCAUAAGAUUGUGUUUUUCUUAACAGAACUUUAAUUUUUUUAAGGUGAACAUUUUUGUUGGUAUAUAAAUGAAAGAUCAUGUGAAUGAAAAGACAGAAAAUUUGUUAUUAGUCAUCUUGUAUUUAUUUAAUUAUCAUACUCUCAAAGUGUUUGAGAUUUUGUUACAA